AAGAAGAAGAAGAAGAAGAAGAAGAAGAAGAAGAAGAAGAAGAAGAAGAAGAAGAAAUUAUAGUUUCCUAGGACUUCAACAGGCUUGCCUAGCAUCCACUCAGGGCAGCAGAGGGUGGGAUGCCUGUGAGGGAAUGUGCUGGAAGCCCAGGGGCCAGCCAAAGUAAAGACCAAAGCUAUUUGUGGAAGGUCUCAGGAGCAGGGAGCAGAGAACUGAAAAAUCCUGGUACAGAUGGGAGCUGAAGGAGGGUCUGUAGAGCUGGGGCGGCUGUCAGCAAAGGCACCAGAGGUGAAUGAAAGGAAGGAUGUGAGCUGUUGCUUAAAGCAGGGAGAGGAGACAAGAAUGGAAACGGAACAGGAGUCGUUGAGCUCGAGGAGACUGAGUAUCAGCUUGCUGUCAUAUAAAUAUCAAUUCAGAGUCCAUUACCAUUUUCCAGGCUCGUUCCCUUCCCCUAUCAUUAAUGGCUUCAGACUGAGAUCGCCACUUAAUGUCUGUACUGCUCAGCAGAAGGAACCUCCCCACUCCAGUUUAGUUGAGAACCUAGAUGAGAAAGAAUUGUCAGGGCAGCAUCUAGCCUGUGAAUUUUAAUUCAUAUUUAACUAAAUGUGAAUCAUGAUGAUGUUUUUGAUGAAGAGAUGUAUGCUUUGUUCCUCUCCUUUAUAUGCGCCCAAGUUCCACCUGAUUAGGUCCCGUCGGUCCGUGGGACAUAGAGAAGCAGUGCAAGACUGUCCACCCCUCUGGGCUGUGGGUCCGCCUUCUGUUGUUGUUCUGUUGUUACUACAGCAUCUUUUCUCCUGGCUUUCUCCUUCCUUUGUUCCUUCCCCUCAGAUGAAAACAGGAGCAAGAACCAGAACCUUCCAUUAAAAGUGAUCGGAAAGCAAUCUCUUUUGCUUUCUCAGUGAGUAAAUGGGGAAGCUGAAAUUGAGAAACAGUGACGAGUGCCCUGAUUCCAGCCUUGUCACCAUGGGACCGUGGUCUCAUGUAGGCUUGUUCUCUGUGUACCAUAGCUGAUUGUGUUGAUGGCUUAUUUAUUUUGAUCUCUACAGAGGAGCUUUACUUCCAUGGCUCAGGACACACUCCUGGAUCAAGCUCAGAGAACUUUCUGUGUGGAACUAAGCCCCAGGACCCUCGAAAGGGCUGCGGAUGAAGAUGACAAGCGUCCGCUGCAAGCUGGCCCAGUAUCUAGAGGACCUCGAGGAUGUGGACCUCAGGAAAUUCAAAAUGCACUUGGAAGAUUAUCCACCCGAGAGGGGCUGCAUCCCACUCCCCAGGGGCCAGAUGGAGAAGGCCGACCAUUUGGAUCUAGCCACACUCAUGAUUGACUUCAAUGGGGAGGAAAAGGCAUGGGCCAUGGCUGUGGGGAUCUUUGCAGCUAUCAACAGGAGAGACCUCUGGGAAAAAGCUGAGAAGGACCAGCCAGAGUGGAGUGAUGAGCGUGCUUCUAAUCUCACUGUGGUAUGCCAGGAAGACAGCCUUGAAGAGGAGUGGAUGGGUUUACUGGGAUACCUUUCCCAAAUAUCAAUUUGUAAAAAAAAGAAAGAUUACUGUAAAAUGUACAGAAGACAUGUGAGAAGCAGGUUCUACUGUAUCCAAGAUCGAAAUGCACGUCUGGGUGAGAGUGUUGACCUCAGCAAACGCUACACCCAGCUACAAAUGGUCAAGGAGCAUCCCAGCAAGCAAGAGAGGGAGUAUGAACUACUGACCAUUGGCAGGACCAAAAUGUGGGACAGCCCCAUGAGUUCUAUUAAGCUGGAGUUACUGUUUGAGCCUGAGGAUAAGCACACAGAGCCUGUGCACACAGUGGUGUUCCAGGGAGCAGCAGGCAUUGGGAAAACAAUACUAGCCAGGAAGAUUAUGUUGGACUGGGCAUCUGGGAAGCUCUUCAAAGACAAAUUUGAUUAUGUAUUCUUUAUCCACUGUCGAGAGGUGAGCCUCAGGACACCAAGGAGUCUGGGAGACCUGAUUGUCAGCUGCUGGCCUGAUCCAAACCCACCACUGUGCAAGAUCCUGCGUAAGCCUUCCAGGAUCCUCUUCCUCAUGGAUGGCUUUGAUGAGCUGCAAGGGGCCUUUGAUGAGCACAUUGGAGAGGUCUGCACAGACUGGCAGAAGGCUGUGAGGGGAGACAUCCUGCUGAGCAGCCUCAUCCGAAAGAAGCUGUUGCCCAAGGCCUCUCUGCUCAUUACAACGAGGCCUGUAGCCUUGGAGAAACUGCAGCAUCUGCUGGACCAUCCUCGCCAUGUAGAGAUCCUCGGUUUCUCUGAGGCCAAAAGGAAGGAGUAUUUCUUUAAGUAUUUCUCAGAUGAGCUUCAGGCCAGGGAAGCCUUCAGGCUGAUCCAAGAGAAUGAGAUCCUCUUUACCAUGUGCUUCAUCCCCCUGGUCUGCUGGAUUGUGUGCACAGGGCUGAAGCAGCAGAUGGAGACCGGGAAGAGCCUGGCCCAGACCUCCAAGACCACUACUGCCGUCUAUGUCUUUUUCCUCUCCAGCCUGCUGCAGUCCCGAGGGGACAUGGAGGAGCAUCUCUUCUCUUCCCACCUACAGGGGCUCUGCUCACUGGCUGCAGAUGGAAUUUGGAACCAGAAAAUCCUAUUUGAGGAGUGUGAUCUGAGGAAACACGGCCUGCAGAAGACAGAUGUCUCUUCUUUCCUGAGGAUGAACGUGUUCCAGAAGGAAGUGGACUGUGAGAGAGUCUACAGCUUCAGCCACAUGACCUUCCAGGAGUUCUUUGCUGCUAUGUACUAUUUGCUGGAAAAGGAGGAAGAGGGGGUGGCUGUGAGGAAGGGACCAGCAGGUUGUUCGGAUCUUCUGAACCGAGACGUGAAGGUCCUCCUAGAAAAUUAUGGCAAGUUUGAAAAAGGCUAUCUGAUUUUCGUGGUCCGUUUCCUCUUCGGCCUUGUGAACCAGGAGAGAGCCUCCUAUUUGGAGAAGAAAUUGAGUUGCAAGAUCUCUCAGCAAGUCAGACUGGAGCUGCUGAAAUGGAUUGAAGUGAAAGCCAAGGCCAAGAAGCUGCAGAGACAGCCCAGCCAGCUGGAACUGUUCUACUGCCUGUAUGAGAUGCAGGAAGAAGACUUUGUGCAGAGGGCCAUGGACCACUUUCCCAAAAUUGAGAUCAACCUCUCUACCAGAAUGGACCAUGUGGUGUCCUCCUUUUGUAUCAAGAACUGUCACCGGGUGAAAACGCUUUCCCUGGGGUUUCUCCACAACUCCUCCAAGGAAGAAGAAGAAGAGAAGGGAGAAAGUCAACACUUGGCCCAGGACCAGGGUGUUUUCCCAGAGCCCCACACUGCCUGUUCUUCCAGAUUGGAGAGCUGCUAUCUCACGUCUAGCUUCUGCCGAGGUCUCUUCUCCAGUCUAAGCACCAACCAGAACCUCACAGAACUGGACCUCAGUGACAAUACCCUGGGGGAUGCGGGCAUGAGGGUGCUGUGUGAGGCACUCCAGCUUCCAGGCUGCAACAUUCAGAGACUGUGGUUGGGCCGCUGUGGACUUACCCAUCAAUGCUGUUUCGACAUCUCCUCCGUCCUGAGCAGCAGCCAGAAGCUGGUGGAGCUGGAUCUGAGCGACAACGCCCUGGGGGACUUUGGAGUCAGACUUCUGUGUGCUGGACUGAAGCACCCGUUCUGCGACCUGCAGGAACUCUGGUUGGUCAGCUGCUGUCUCACAUCUGCGUGUUGUCGGGAUCUCGCAUUGGCUCUGAGCGCCAACCGUUCUCUGACCAGACUGUACAUCGGAGAAAAUGCCUUGGGAGAUUUAGGAGUUCAAGUUUUGUGUGAAAAAAUCAAGCACCCACAGUGUAACUUGCAGAAGCUGGGUUGAUGAGAGGAUGUACAGAAGUGAUAUGCAAAUACUCUGCCAUUUUACAUGAGGGAUAUGAACAUCUGCAGAUUUUGGCACCUGUGGGGUGUCUUGAAGCCAGUUACUCAAGGACACUGGGGGACAGUCAUAUUACUGCUGGUCAGGUAAGUCCAACUGGCUUAUAGCAGUAUAAUCGGAGCUUCUUAGGGGUUGUUCAGCCUUAUUUCUCCCAUUGAGCACAAAACUGCUUCUAAGACAUGCACAAGAGCAAUAAUCGUCUAAUGUGUGAACACUUUCAAGAUGCAUAUUACUUCUGCAAAGCAUAUCCUCUGGACUGAGUUCUCAUCCCUCUGCCACAGCAUCUUAGGUUUUGAGCUGGUGAUUGCCUUUCUCUACAGGGCUUAGAGUAGCAGCCCCAGUCUCUGGUCCCCAAAGACAACAUCAUACUUAUGUGGCAUGAUGUCUCUAAAUCCUCAGCUGUGAUGUAGCUCAGCAUCAGCACCAGUCAUCAAUGCCUGCAUUUAGAGAGGCCCAGGAACUUCAGAUCUUUGCCUGUGGAUGCUGGCUAGGAAGUAGACACCCUGGUGUGAUUUCCCAGCCCACAACUCUGUGAACAGGAUGCCCUCAGCCUGGGUAUAUUUUGCAAUUGCGUCCCCUGCAGGGCUUUAGCAUUUGAUUCUAAUCGCAGCCUGUCAGCUAGAAAAGACUAAAUGUCCAUUCUGUCAAUAUCUAUAAAUAAAACAAACCAAAUAUGUCUUUAUUCACAUUAUUGAUAGAAAUGACAGCUAGAUAAACAUUUAGGACACAAUAAAACAAACUGAGCAUAGUGGUGCAGGCCUUUAAUCCCAGUGCUUGGGAG